CUGCUAUUCUUCUUUUCACUUUCUAUAGGUUCUACCUUUGGUGCGGCAGCUGUGACAGUGGUGCUUAUUCUAGUUUAUCGUGCUUACAAUUCUAAUAAACAGGGAAAGGAGCAUAAGCUGAGAAUAGAGAGAUUUUUGGAGGAUUACAAGGCUCUAAAGCCAAGCAGGUAUACAUAUGCAGAUAUCAAGCAAAUUACAAGUCAGUUCUUGGAAAAAUUGGGAGAAGGAGCUUAUGGAACUGUUUACAAAGGAAAGCUCUCUGCUGAUUUUUUCGUUGCGGUAAAAAUCCUUAACAGUUCAAAAGGCAAUGGAGAAGAGUUUAUAAAUGAAGUUGGAACAAUAGGUCGAAUCCACCAUGUUAACGUGGUUCGCUUGGUUGGCUAUUGUGCGGAUGGAGCUAGAAGAGCACUUGUUUAUGAGUUCUCACCAAAUGGGUCAUUGCAACAAUACAUAUCCUCAACAGACUCUGAACACUUCCUUGGGUGGGAAAAGUUGAAAGAUAUUACAUUAGGCAUAGCCAAAGGAAUUGAAUAUCUCCACCAAGGGUGUGAUCAACGAAUUCUUCAUUUUGAUAUAAAACCUCAUAAUGUCUUGCUAGACCAAAACUUCAUUCCAAAAAUUUCAGACUUUGGUUUGGCCAAGUUGUGUUCCAAGGAUCAAAGUAUAGUGUCAAUGACUACAGCUAGAGGGACUAUGGGGUAUAUUGCUCCUGAAGUUUUCUCUAGAAACUUUGGAAUUGUUUCAUAUAAGUCAGAUAUCUAUAGUUUUGGAAUGAUGUUGCUCGAAAUGGUUGGAGGGAAGAAGAUUACUGAUGUGAAAGAGGAAGUUUACUACCCAGAAUGGAUCUAUAACCUCUUAGAAGAAGGAGAAGACCUACGAAUCCAUAUUGACAAAGAAGAAGAUGCUAAGAUUGCACAAAUGCUAGCAAUUGUAGGACUGUGGUGCAUUCAAUGGCAUCCUACAGAUCGUCCUUCUAUGAAAGUUGUGGUUCAAAUGCUUGAAGGAGAAGAAGAGUUGACUUUGCCACCUAACCCUUUUGCCUCUACAGAAUCAAUGAAAGCAAGAGUUGAUAUGCCAGGAAGGCGGAUGAACCUAGAAUUAGAAACCAUAACCGAGUUGGAGUGAAUAUGAGAUAGGUGGCAAGUUAUUCUUUUACUUUGUAAACAUCUAAAUUUAUGCAUUUUCAGUGUAAGCAAUAGUAUUGUUAAACAUCUUAAUAUAAUUACACUUUCAUAUAUUUUAAGUUAA